AUGCAGCAGAAUUUUCCUGGGACGCCUGGGACUUUCACCGGCCUUUUUCUGAGGAUUUUACAGUGCAUUUUCGCUGUUGGGUCGAUUGCUUUUAUGCUCUCAACCAAGACAGACAAAAAAUGGGCAACUUUCCGCCACCUGAUUAUUGCAAUGGUUUCACAAGUCACCUGGAGCUCUAUGCUUGCUGGGUUUGAUGCAUAUGCCUUGGUGAGAAAGAAGGUCCUGUGCAGUCAUGAUUUCGUUAUCGUCUUUGUGGCCGGAGACUGGGCGAUGGCGGGAAUGUCUCUUGCAGCAGCUUCUUCCUCAGCUGGCAUUGCGGUGUUGUUCUACGGCGACUUUGGAAGCUGCAAGUUUGGAGAAGAAUGCCACAAGUUCCAGAUGUCAAUUGCCUUGGCCUACAUGAGCUGGGUAACAAGUGGAAUUUCAUCUCUUAUUAUGCUUUGGCUUUUGGCUGCGGGUUAGACCUUUUCAUUG